ACAACUUGGUUUCUUGUUCUCUCCCCCUCGUGGCCUCGUCUCGAACCUUCAACUUCCCUCCUCGUUGAACUUCCCUCCUUCGUGAUCUCCGAAGGAGGACUUCAUGAACAACGUCGCCCCUGAUUGAUCCACCGCCAUCGAUCCAUUCCAUUUCAUUCUUUCAUCUAAACCUCGUGCUGGGACCGAAGGAGCAAGAGUGGAGCGAAGAAAGGCGAUUCUUUCGCGAUGGGGAACGCAUCUGCCAUGCUCACCCAAUACGACAUCGAGGAAGUCCAAGACCACUGCAACUAUCUCUUUUCGCAGCAAGAGAUCGUCGCCCUCUACAGUCGCUUCUGCCAGCUCGAUCGCACUGCCAAGGGCUUCAUCUCCUCCGACGAGUUCCUCUCCAUUCCCGAGUUCUCCCUCAAUCCCCUCUCACAAAGGCUGCUUAAGAUGGUUGAUGGGUUGAAUUUCAAGGACUUCGUUGCCUUCUUGUCGGCGUUUAGCCCGCAAGCUACUACUCAGCAGAAAAUUGAAUUCAUUUUUAAGGUGUAUGAUGCCGAUGGUAAGGGGAGAGUCACUUUCAAGGAUUUGCUGGAGGUGCUCCGAGACUUGACGGGUUCAUUCAUGUCAGAGGAACAGAGAGAGAAAGUUUUAGGUCAGGUUUUGGAGGAGGCUGGAUACUCAAGAGAAUCAACACUUUAUUUUGAGGACUUCAUGAAGAUUCUCUCCAAAGCGGGUUUGAAAAUGGAGGUUGAAGUACCCGUGGAUUAAGUUAUAGAAGUGGCUGUAGGUUGGGUUGUUAUACAUGUCAAAUAAUUGUUACAAUAAAAGAAAUUUCUUAUUUUUGUUCAAUAUACAAUUUAAUGUUAUAGAUGUUUUUCCCAUUAUUGGGCUUGACCUAGUGGGGCUCUUACCCCGCCGGAAUUAUUACUA